GUUCGCGGCUCCUACAUUCGUCCAAAAUUCCUCCAUAAUUUGACCAAACACGGCGGAGAAAUGUUGGAGCAACGAACAUAACAUCGACGACAUCAUUAAAGUUUACGAGUGGUUACAAACAUGGAACAAUCGAGGAAAGCAAAAGCAUACAAGGCCAUGUCGGACUCAGAGUGGAUGUCCCGCCUGAGGAAGUUUGCCAGCACGGGGGCCAGGCCUGCAGGGGAGGGAAACAGGCCGGCUCCCAGGCAGAAGAAAUGGUGUGAGCUGUAUCAAAGGAUUGAGAAAUGUCCAAUGCAGGCACAUGGACAGAAAUCCUUGUUUGGCCAAGUGCUGCAGUGUACCUGUGGAUUCCACCCUCAGAAGCCAGCUGCAACUCCUGUCCAAGGUGCCGUGGGACAGUAGAGUGCUGCAUCUGGUCCGGUCCACAGAGCUGUGGGGCAGCAAAGUGCUGCAUCUGGUCCGGUCCACAGAGCUGUGGGACAGCAGAGUGCUGCAUCUGGUCCGGUCCACAGAGCUGUGGGACAGCAGAGUGCUGCAUCUGGUCCGGUCCACAGAGCUGUGGGACAGCAGAGUGCUGCAUCUGGUCCAGUCCACAGAGCUGUGGGACAGCAGAGUGCUGCAUCUGGUCCGGUCCACAGAGCUGUGGGACAGCAGAGUGCUGCAUCUGGUCCGGUCCACAGAGCUGUGGGACAGCAGAGUGCUGCAUCUGGUCCGGUCCACAGAGCUGUGGGACAGCAGAGUGCUGCAUCUGGUCCGGUCCACAGAGCUGUGGGACAGCAGAGUGCUGCAUCUGGUCCGGUCCACAGAGCUGUGGGGCAGCAGAGUUCAGUAGGUACUGUCCAAGGCGCUGUGGGACAGCAGCAGACUGCAGCAGAAGGACACCUGCGAACACCACUAAACUUGUCAAUGUUUACCAAGUCAAGAUUUGGUGGUGCACUCGCUGCUCUUGCAAAGCCAAAUUUGAGUACAGCCAGACCCAGAAAGGCAACAGAGACCCAUGUCACGGACCCCACAGAAGCAUCUACCGGCACUUACCCCACAGAAAGAAGCUUCAGCACUGCACUUAGCGCUGCUGUCUCAGCUGCACAGCCUCAGACAGCUUCAGUGCCUGUCCUCAGUCCCGGAGCAGUGAGUGCCACUGUGUCGUUAAGUCAUUUAAUAUUUCAUUUCAUACUGUGUAGAGCAUCAGCAGUGUUUGUACCUGUGUUAAGGUUGCUUAUGCUCUGUUGUUGUUAGUAUCAUUGAGUCAUAAUACACUAUUUCUAUGGCACUUUUCACAAAUGAAAUCCCCAAAAGUGCUUUUUAACAAGGGAUCAUAUUUUAAAUAAUCAUAAAACUGUGAUAGAAUGACAAAUGUAUGUACAAUGAGAAGGGAAAUUAAAACGGCGGAAUAUAUACUACAUAUAAUAGUGAAAAAUAGAUAAAACAAAUGAAAAAGAAGAUAAAAAACGAUGAAAUGCAUUCUACAAUUGGUCACACGUUAUUUACAAGGUUUUUAACUUGACACUUGAAAAAAAAGAAAACAACGCUAUGUGACAGACAAAAAAUAAACAUAAUUGAAAGAGGAAUUUUCAGUUCUUCAGAAUGAGGGUCAGCUAUGGAAAGACCCUAUACCCUAUAGUAGCUGGCAUUCAUUCAAGUCCUUCAGGAAACUGUGGGAUGUAAACACAUUGCAUUGACCCAACACGAAGAGAUUUAAUUUGUGCCAUAGAAAUAGUGUAUUAUGACUCAAUGUGAUGUUGUACUUAACUUAAGUUUUUCCAUUAUAUGUAUUCUUUAAUUCUACUGUGCUACAUCUUUAGAGGCACAUAUUCUACAUUUUACCGCAUGUAUGAAUGCAGGACUUUUACUUGUAAUGUAGUAUGUUAAGUCUGGUAUAAGUACUUUCACUUAGGUAGAGGAUCUGAAUACUGCUUUCAAGAGUGAAUGUUAAUACUAUUAAAUGUUGUCAUCAUCACCAUUACUAAUGUGCUAUCCUCCACAAACCGUAAUUAAAACACUUACUUGUUCAA